AUGGUGUCCUAUUCGGAGCUAGCCAACAAGAACGCCUCCGUCGACGUGUCGGGUCAACGAGCGCUCGUCGCCGGAGGAACCCAAGGCAUCGGCGCCGGCAUCGCUCUCCGCUUCGCCCUCUCCGGCGCCUCUGUCUGGCUCAUCGGCCGUUCCGAAUCGCGCGCCUCGGAAGUGCUCGACCUGCUCAACAAAGCUUCGCUCGAAGCAUCACGUCGAUCUUCCUCCUCUUCUAGCUCUGCUGCGGAUCAUCAGUUCUUCAAAGCUGACCUCUCCUCCCCCGCCGGAGUCACCGACGUCGCCUCCCGCAUCACCACAUCCGCCGGCAAGCACGGCAUCGACUACCUCAUCGAAACCGCCGGUGGCCCUCCUACCGGCUCCAUCACCACCACACCCGACGGAAUCGAAACCCAAUUCGCCGUUCAAGUCCUCUCCCGUGUCGGUCUCGCCAAACAACUCGUCGAAGCCGGCACCAUCAAACGCGCCGUCUUCAUGGUAGCUGCACCCGCUCAAGGUGGUUCCUCCCGCAUCGACGUCGAUGAUCUCGAUUUCACCAAAACCCACUCCACCGGAAAGUGGUGGUCUGGACCUCUAGGAAUGUACAAAAAGGGCGCAAGAUCCUCCUCCAUUCUAGACGCUGCCUCUCAACACCUCGCCGAACACCACCCCAACCUGACCUUCACACACGUCUUCCCCGGUAUCAUCAACACCAACGCCAUGGAGAAUCAGGGUUACAACAGAUUGGUCGUCGCUGCAGCGAAGAUCUUUGGACCACUGGUGGGAAGCAAACCCGGUCCGGGGGGGUAUGCGGAACUGCCGUUUUAUCUGCUGGCGAACGACGAGGGUAGGAGGUAUUUGGAGGUCGGGAAGGCGAAUUUGAUCGACCAGAAUUUGAAGAAGCUGCAGAUCAGUCCUAAUGUUAAGGAGAAAGAUGUGAGGAGCAGCAUCUGGGAAAAGUUGUCGGCGUACUUUGCUUGA